ACCAACUCUCGUCCUAUUAAUAGUUUGGUCAACUACUCGAAUAUCUAUCGCAUCUUUCGCAACUCGGAAACAUUCAAUAUGGAGCAUUCAAUUCACAAUUUGCAGCUUUGAAGCUGAAUUAGCUAAAUACCG